UGAGCGCGCGUUCAUUCUGGAAGCUUUGGACAGAAGCCAUCAGGCCUUUGGGGAAGUGAAGUUUUCAUCCGGAAGGGCCAUCGGAGGGAAACCCGGAGGGUCAAUUCCGUGGGAGACGUGGGCUUUAGGUGCUCCAUCAAGAAAUAUACAAAGAAACAAAUUGGAGUCUGAGACUUCAGGCCUAGAUAAAUUGGACACUGCUGGAAGGGGGCAAUGGCUGUUGCCCUGGGUUGCGCAAUCCAGGCCUCCUUGAAUCAGGGCUCUGUGUUUCAAGAGUAUGAUACUGACUCUGAAGUCUUUCGUCAACGCUUCAGGCAGUUCCAGUACAAAGAAGCAGCUGGGCCUCAUGAAGCUUUCAACAAACUCUGGGAGCUUUGCUGUCAAUGGCUGAAGCCAAAGAUGCGUUCUAAGGAGCAAAUCCUGGAGCUUCUAGUGUUGGAGCAAUUCCUAACAAUUUUGCCCACAGAGAUAGAGACCUGGGUGAGGGAACAUUGCCCAGAGAAUAGAGAAAGAGUUGUGUCACUGAUAGAAGACUUACAGAGAGAACUUGAGAUACCAGAGCCACAGGUGAGCGUUUGGGAUCUGGGUAAUUAUAUCAAAAGAAGUAGCAGACACAUCUGUUAUGGAAAAUCAUUGGGAUAUCCAAUACCAAAGCUCGAUGUGAGCUUUCCAUUGGAGCACAGAGAAGAGGCAUGGGUGAAGGAACUACAAGAUUCCAAAGAAAUUAAACAAUUACUUGAAUCCAAGAUAGGUUUUGAGAUCGGGAUAGACAAUGAAGAAGAUACAUCGAAACAGAAAAAACUGGAAAACAUGUACCCAUUUCUUGUUCCUUUAGAGGGGAAUGCUCUCCCUGAUCCCAUUUUGCAAAAAGACUAUGUGCAGUUAGAAAAUCAAUGGGAAAAAUCCACAGAGGAUUUACAGACAGAUUUGACAAAACUUGUAGAUCAUCAGAAUCCCUCUACAGGAGAGAAACCUGAGAGCUCUAGCUUGGAAGAACCUCUCAACCCUAGAACCCAUAAGAAAAAGAGUCCAGGAGACAAACCUCACCGGUGUUCUCAGUGUGGAAAAUGUUUUGCCCGGAAGUCACAACUUACAGGGCACCAGAGAAUUCAUUCAGGAGAGGAACCUCAUAAAUGCCCUGAAUGUGGAAAAAGAUUCCUUCGUAGUUCAGACCUUUAUAGACACCAACGGCUUCACACGGGGGAAAGACCCUAUGAAUGCACUGUGUGUAAAAAGCGAUUCACUCGGCGCUCACACCUCAUAGGGCACCAGAGAACCCAUUCUGAAGAAGAGACAUAUAAAUGCCUUGAGUGUGGGAAAAGCUUUUGUCAUGGAUCAAGUCUUAAAAGACAUCUGAAAACUCAUUCGGGUGAAAAACCUCAUAGAUGUCACAAUUGUGGGAAAAGUUUUAGUAGACUGACAGCUCUUACUUUGCACCAGAGAACUCACACUGAAGAGAGACCUUUUAAAUGUAAUUACUGUGGGAAAAGCUUUAGACAGAGACCAAGCCUUGUUAUUCAUUUAAGAAUUCAUACAGGGGAGAAGCCAUACAAAUGUAGUCAUUGUUCUAAAAGCUUCAGACAGAGAGCAGGCCUUAUUAUGCACCAAGUCACUCACUUUAGAGGACUUCUUUAAGAAUUAUUAAAGGAAACAGGUCAUACGGAAAUUGGCACUAACUCAAAAAAAUCUUAACCUGAAGCAGUCUGUUUGUCUUGGAAGAAUCUUUUUUGUUUGAGCUUAUAAGAACAGAUUUUUUUUUUUUUUUUUACUAUUAAAAACCUAUCUCCCAAGGCAUGUGAAUUCUAGAGUAUCCACUUACUCUUGCAACUUUCCUAGAUUUGAUGUAUUCUAUCUUUACAACUCAUUUUUUUAAUGAAAAUGAAAAGUUUUGUGUCUGAAACCAACCGUAUCACACAUGAAAGCAUAAAGCAUAUAGGGUAGGGUUGAUAUAAUGGAUAAUCUUGUCUAUCUGGCAUAUCUAUUAUAGCAGAACCAUAAUUAUUCUGCUGUCAUUAUUAAAGGUGGUUAUAUUAGUUUAAAGCUUUGUUUGUGUUCCAAGUGGCAAGAAAGGAGACAGUGUGUUUUGUCAAAUAAUAAAAAUGUGUCAGGAACAUAUGGAUAAAGAGGAUUUUAUUUGCCUCAUAAGAGCUGGGUUAUUUUCAUUGACAAUUUUUAUGUUUAAGAAAUUAAGAUUUUAACUGUUUUGAAUUUUGCAAAGUUUGCUAAUCUGCUUAUUUGGCUGUUUGGGGUAAUGCGGCUUAGAGCUAUUAAUUUAAUGAUUUAUUUUGUUCACAGAAUGAGUAAGCUCUAUGUGGAAGACUCCAUUCGACAGUUGAAGUCAUACAAGUACAAUCUAAUUCAAAUUAGAUUGACUUGGAGCCAGUGUCCAUUGCUUUUUAUUCUCCUUUGGUAUUCAAACAUAUGUCUCUCAGUGCUUUUUAAAUUUUACUCAUUCUUUAAUUUGAUGUCUCUCUAAGUGUGUGUCAUAGAACACUUAGUUCUAAAAGAUAUUCUGCAAAUAAGUUUGGGGUCCCUUCCUGCUAUUUCCCCUUUCUAAAUUCACAGUGCACAUCAGAGUAUGAGAAUCUCUGACAAGUCCUUCAGUAAAGGCAGAAAAAGCACCUCUGUUGGCUCAAUGUUUUGACCCUAGAAUCCUUUUUCAUGUGCACCCAAGUAAUAACCUACAGAACUAGUGUUCUGCAAAUAUUCCUUGGAAUACAUUGCCUUUAACAUAUAUUUCUGUAUUUAUCAAUAUAGUCUUAUUACUCCCAAGCCUAGUUAUCUCCAGUCAUUUGAAGGGUGUUAUGAAAAAAAUUUUUAGACAUAUAUGUUUUUUAUGUAAUACACACAUAAACAUACAUAUUUUAAGGAGGUGAGGCUCACUCAGAUACAUUAUAAGUUGCUCAGUGAUUCUCAACCUCUUCGAAUUUUACUUAUAAUCACAUACACACACAUUGCUACUUAUAUAAAUGUUCUCAUAUAAUCGUAGUAAUGACUCAAACUCCUGUAGAAAGGGAAGAACUCUCUUUGUCAGUUAAAGCUGUUAAUAUGUGAAAAUAUUCAUUCAGCCUAGUUCCUUGUUAUAAAAUAUAAGAAAUAGGACAUUCAAGUAUUUUCCCUUUAUGAAGAUACCAGUCAUCCUUUCCUUAAACUAGAAUUAGGGAAAGUAUAUUUUUUCUAUUCCACUGAAGUUCUUGGAAGUCAUAUUUAAUAUAAGUAUUUUGGGAGUAUCUACUUUGUGCCUAACUAGUCCUGUCCUAGGCUUAAUGGAAACUAGUGAAGAAAUCAAUUCAUGGGCCAGGUUCAUAAAGAGUUUAUAAUAUCUUUAGUUAAACAAGAGUUGGGAAACAAAUGGAGAACAAUGCAAGAGAGUUUGUAUUAAGUGCCAAAUCAUAUCAAGUGCUCAAGCCAGGAUGUGUCUUUAAUUCUUGUCAUCCCGGUCCCUGUAUGAUGCUGCUAUAAAUGUGGGGUUAAAAUUGAGAUCCUAGUAGCAAUAAAAUGUAACUUGGGAGGAGUCUGAAUGUAGAAAUGAAAAACACUGAAUGUAAUGGCUUCUCUUUUCUCUCUUGUGGAAUUGCAUUCCAAUCAGAAUAGUGCCUUAGAAUGGAUGUGCCCAACUGCUCUGUAUCUAUGCAAUAUUUUAAUAAAGUGGAAAUAUAUAUGC